GUCAAACGCGCAUGCGUAAUUGAAUAGUCAAAUCAACGAACGAAAUGAAUUUUGAGAAUAAAUUCCAAACAUGAUAUUUCCCUUUUUUUACAAGUUCAAAUCUAAGUAUAAUAAUAAUUAAUCAGAAUUCAAAAUUAAUAAAACAUUGUAUAAGGACAGCAUUUUCUUUGUUCUUUCAGAGACAACAAAAUGUUCUCGGAUUAGAAUAUAAUCUGUUCGUUUAAUUGGCGUAACAUCGACAAUCCAAAGUGCAAGAGACACAGGGUGAAAGUGCAAGUAAACAUGUCCUAGUUUAAGUUCCAAUUUUUCAACUUGAUCUAACUUAGACAGUUUGAGAGUCAGUAUAAGUGUCUACCAGGAGCCAUGGACCGUGCAAGAAUUCUAUUCGGACAUUUGAAUAGUGAACAUAAGGAAGAAACAGGACUUGAAUUGAAGACAGCUUCCCAUCAGAUUUCUGCAGAUGAUAUUGUUGUUGUCUCAGCAAAAAGAACACCCAUUUGUAAAGCAAAGAGAGGUUCAUUCAAGGACACAUUCAUAGAUGACCUACUUGCUGCUGCAUUUGACGGUGUGCUGAAAGAUGUCAACAUUGAUCCCAAAAUGAUAGGAGACAUCUGUGUAGGAAAUGUAAGCCAGCCAGGGGUAGGUGCCUUGAUGGCACGUAUGGCACAAUUCUAUGUAGGAAUUCCAGAGACUGUUCCUCUUAGUACUGUUAAUAGGCAAUGCUCAUCUGGACUGCAGGCAUUUAUGAACAUUGCUGGGGCUAUAAGGAAUGGUCAGUGUGAAAUAGGCCUUGCUGGAGGAGCUGAACAUAUGACUUCUACAGGUACAGGUAUGGGUGCAAUGAGUGAGUUGAAUCCAAAGGUUGGUGAGUUUGAUUUAGCAAGGGCAUGCCUUACACCUAUGGGUAUCACAUCCGAAAAUGUUGCAGAAAGAUAUGGCGUUACACGUGCAGUACAAGAUCAAAUGGCAAUGGAGUCCCAUGCUAAGGCAGCCAAGGCUUACAAACUUGGCUAUUAUAAAGAUGAAAUCAUUCCUGUUACCACCUCUAUCAAAGAUAAAGAAGGAAAUGAAAAGACAAUUACAGUUGACAAAGAUGAUGGUAUAAGAGAAGGAACAACAUUAGAAGUACUUGGAAAACUUAGAGCUGUCUUCAAACCUGAUGGAUCCACAACAGCCGGUAAUUCUAGUCAGACAAGUGACGGUGCAGCUGCUGUGCUUGUUGCUAAACGAUCAGCCGCAGCCAAGCAUAAGUUGCCCAUAUUAGGAGUGUUGCGAGGGUUUGCAGUCGUUGGAGUUGAUCCUGAAGUUAUGGGGAUUGGACCAGCUGAAGCUAUUCCAGUUGCUCUUAAAAAUGCAGGUGUCACUUUGAAUGACAUUGACAUAUUUGAGAUAAAUGAAGCAUUUGCCAGUCAAGCCAGUUAUUGUAGGGAUAAGCUAGGUAUUCCAAAUGAGAAACUCAACCCUAAAGGAGGCGCUAUAGCUAUUGGGCAUCCUUUGGGCUGCUCUGGGGCAAGAAUGAUUGCUACAUUACUUCAUGAAUUGAAGAGACGUGGAAAAAGGGGCUAUGGUGUUGUGUCUAUGUGUAUUGGAACAGGUAUGGGAGCAGCUGCAGUAUUUGAGUACACGGGAUAAUAGGCUCAUUUAACAUCCUUGCUUGAUGUUUGGCUCUCUGGACAGUAUUCAGACUCUGUGAGCAGCCAUGAUGUUCUCUAUGAUUAGAGAAGGAAGGACUUGCCAAUCAAUGUCUUAUGGCAUUGGAUUAUCCAGCUCUUUAAUUGAUGAAAUAAAAAAUCAAAUGAAAUAAUAUAUAUUUAUAAAUACAUUUCUUAGACUAAUAAAAUGAUAUGAAAUAAAACUAUAGAAUUGAGAAAUCAUCACUCACUGAACUUUUUUCGAAGACUGAAGGCAAUAUCUUCAUAAUGCUGGCCAUCAUUUUGGUUUGAUGAAACUUUUCUCCUACUUUACUGAUAUUAUUUUUAUUUUCUUAGCUACAGCUGUACACAACAUAUCAAAAAUCAUCACAUAAUAUAUAUUUUAAAUAGAUAUGGACAAAAACCGUUAUCCUUAUUAAGUCACCACAAUUUUAGUCUCCCAACUUUUUUGUGGAU